UGGGUGUACGUAACCCAGGAAAAAAAGCCCCCUCUUCUCUUCUUGUUUGGGUUUUUUUUUUUUUGUUGUUGGUUCCCCGACCUCUUUUGUAUUUAACUUUCUUUUUUUUUGAUAACUUAUUCUCUCUCUCUUUUCUUUUCUUCUUUUUAAAUAAAAGUGUGGUGAUACAUUUUUUCCUGUCACAUAAUAAUAUUCAUAAUGAAUCAAGUACAUAAUUCAAAAGAUUGGCAUUCACAAGCGCCGCUUCAAAGCCCACCUUCCGUUGAUCCUUUAACAUCUCCCAAACCAUCGAAUAACUUUACCAAUUAUACACCAACUUCUGCUUAUCCUGAGCAACACAACAUACCUUAUACCAAUGCUGGCGAACCUGAUACCAGUCGAUUACCUGGAAUGAUUGCUCCAUCACAACCUGCGACACCUCGUCCCGAACGUGCUGAAGCCAUGUAUCAACCACCCUUUCCUCGCAAUACUAAUGUGAGAGGAAGAACAAAUCUAUUUGCCAAUGAAACCGGUCCCUUUUUCAGCCCUUCCGAGCCCUUUGAAAAUCUUUAUUCAUCCGACAAGACCAGCCUUCUAUCGGUGCGUGUUCAGUCAAAGAUGGAUCGAGGCUUUUUUAUGGCAGAUGAUGACUGGACUUGUUACCGUAGAAAUUAUUUCCAAGUCAGCAGUGUGUUUUCCAUCCACGGUUACAAUCAUUAUUACGCCAUGAACGAUGCACCUCAACAAGUCUUUGUGCAGACUGAAGAUGGACUAGCACCCGUACAAAGAUUUCUGUUAGGCGUGUCUGCACGUGUUGCUAACGGUGAAAAAGAAAUUGAAUUGAUUCAACAUACACCAAAACGCGAUAAGGGUCCUCAAUUCAGACCGGAUCCCAAACCCAUCACGCCCGGUGGUAAUCUUACCAUGAGUUCCGUCGCCAACAACCAAAAUAUCGUGACUUUUGAACGUGUUCAAUUCAAGACCGCAACUGCAAACAAUGGUAAACGCAGAGCAGCUCAACAAUAUUAUCUCUGCGUCGUUGAUCUCUUUGCCGAAACAGACAGGCAUCAAUUGGUCAAGGUCGCUUCUUGUAGAUCUUCGCCCUUGGUUGUACGUGGUAGAAGUCCUGGCCAUUACGCAGAAAUUAGCUCUCAACCUAUUCAGCAGCAACAACACACGAUAACUGUUAAAAAUGAGUCGAUGGAAGGGGAAUCAGGAAAUCAACGUCAGCAUGUAUUUGCCACUUAUUCUAAACCUGCCACACCUACGCCCUCUUCUUCUUCUACAGAAUACAGUCAUAGUAGUAGUAGUCAGGCUCCUUCUUCUCAACAAACCGUGUCUAACGCUUACUCCACUUAUUAUUCUUCGGGUGGUUAUCCUCCUCAUUAUGCACCUACAAGCAAUGUUCAACGUAGUAGUACUUCGCCUGCGUCACAACCACCUUAUGCACAACCCAAUUAUGUGAUUCACGAUGCAAGUCAUACAGAGACAUACCCUAACGAGUUCCAUGGCGGUAGUCCUCGCUCAACAGUUGAGGAACAACCCAAGAUGGUCCAACAAUUUAAUAUGCAGCAAACCGGACCCAUUGAGUCUCCUCAUAGUGGAUUUGAUUGGCAACGAGCAAGAUAUAACAGUGCUUCCUCAUCUGCUUCGGCUCCUUCGCCUGGUAACCAUGGUAACGCUUCUGCCGCGGCUGCUGCGGCUGCUGCAGAACAUCAACAACAUCAUCAACAACAACAACAGCAGCAGCAGCAGGCGUAUUUUUCUCAAAAUGAUGCACGUGCUUCUUAUUCACCCACUACCCCAACUUAUGCUACCUCAGGAAGAAAGUAUAAUAAUGUACCAAAUCUUAUGAAUAACCAAAUCGCUUAACUCCAAAAAAGGCCACCUCUGUUUAAAUGCAACCCCCCCCCCCAAUUAUUUUAUAUAGCUCACAAGUUUUAAAAAAAAAUAACAAAAAAAACACACUUCUAUUAUUAUUAUUAUUAUUAUACUAUUAAAUAUUCAUUUUGAAAAAAAAA